CAAACCCGCUUUAUCAUCCCCAGUUUCAUUCUUGCGUGUCUGCCCUUUGUCGUGGACAGGGAAGGUGCUCGAUACGAUGGCGAUCUCAGCCACCAAAGGCAUCGCCGUUCCGGCUUCGCUCCUCCUCCUCCUCGGCGCCAUCGCCUUCUUCCUCUUCCUACUCCUCCCCUCCUUCUCCCCUUCCUCCUCCUCCUCGGUCUCCCUCUCUUGCCCUACCGGCACUGCCGCAGAGACCCCUAGACCUCCAGAUCCGAUCUCACCUACCCUCGCCGAUGUCGCCUGGCUCAAAUCGCAACUCGCCCUCAACUCCAUCCAAGAGCCUCCCACCUCUCCCGCCGCCUGGCACUCUCUCCGCAAGGGCAUCAACCCUCGGACCCGUGCCCAGCAACUCGAAGACCUGCGACGGUUCAAAGGCAUCUCUCACUACGAGGGCGACGACGCCGACAACCAUACCGCCCUACCCUGCCCUGGGGAGCUCCUGGUGGAGGAGCAUCACAGCAACUACGGCGAACCGUGGGCCGGAGGACGCGACGUCUUUGAAUUCCUUGCGACCGCCGCGGGGCUCGCGCCUUCCGACCAAGUGCUCGAGAUCGGCUGCGGCACGCUCCGGGUCGGCCUCCACUUCAUCCGAUACCUCGAAGCGGACAGAUUCCACUGCCUCGAGCGGGACGAGCUUUCCCUCAUGGCUGCUCUCCGCUACGAGCUCCCUUCCCAGGGCCUCCUCCACAAGCGGCCUCUCAUUCUCCGCGGAGAGGACAUGGAGUUUGACCGUUUCGGAACCAACAUUCUCUACGAUCUCAUCUACGCCAGUGCGGUAUUCCUCCACAUGCCCGACGAGCUGGUCUGGACUGGGGUGCAGAGAUUGUCAGAGCGGCUCAAGCCACAUAAAGGUCGGAUCUUUGUGUCGCACAACAUCAAGUUCUGUUCGCGAUUGGGGGGCGAAGAGUGCACCAAGAGACUAACGAGGUUAGGAUUGGAGUAUGUUGGAAAGCGCACACAUGAUAGCUUCUUGUUCAACCACUAUGAGAUCUGGUUUGAGUUCCGAAAGACCAAAGCUUGAUUGUUCAUGGUUACUGGAUUUGAUGGCAUUGGUUGUCAGGCAGACAGUAUAGUCAUUUGCUAUGAAUACAGAGGAAGGCAAAGGCGGCAAAGCAUGUAGGAGCCACAUGAACUGGCUUACAUCUUUCUUCUCUUUGCAACUACUGCAAAAUUCACCAGUUCAGUCUCUUAUUUUUGCCUUCUACUGGGAAUUCAAUGAUGUUGGACGUGCGCAACUGCGAGUUUACAUCUUUUAGAGUAGUUUUGGAGUCGAUAUAAGUAGAAUUGCUCUUUUGAGCGUCUCAUUAUCUCAUCAGCAUAUAGCUUUCUUUGUUAGAGUCGAAGUGAAUAUAACUUUAGUGGAACUACUCUUUGAGCUAAGAGAUGAAGCAUUGCCUGUGUUUUUCUCCCAUUUAACUUCAAGAGCCUGGGAGGAGUUUGGCACCCAGGUACAAUUACACUCCGUGCCUUGAUCCUAUUCAAUUUAUACAUUGCUUUCCAUUGUGGUACAUGAGCAAUAGUAUGCUUUUGCAUUAUUACUGAGUCUAGUUCUUGUUGAAAUAUGAGUUUUGGUAGAGUUAUUUAUGAAACAUUCCGUGGAAUAUGCAAAAGUUGUGGAUGCAUGUGCACAUUUACUAACAUUUGUUACAAUUUUUUAUCCCAAAAAAACAUUGACUA